AUGACGACUCGACGCGACUUUCUGAGCCAGCCGGCGCCGGAAAACUACGUGGCAGGUCUCGGCCGUGGUGCUACUGGCUUCACAACCCGAUCUGAUCUCGGCCCCGCGCGCGAUGGCCCCAGCGAUGACCAAAUCAAAGAGGCGCUGGCCAAGCGUGCCCAGCAAUUAGGUUUGGCACCAGACCGUGGGAAGAAGGACAAGGAGGAGGAAGACGGGGGUGGCGGAGGCGACGACGAGCGAUACCAGGACCCGGACAACGAGGUAGGCCUCUUUGCAGGUGGUCUCUACGAUAAAGAUGAUGAAGAGGCCGACAAGAUUUGGGAAUGGGUCGACGAGCGCAUGGACCGGCGUAAGCGCCAGCGCGAAGAACGAGAGCAGGCCGAGCGCGACGAGUACGAGCGUAAUAACCCCAAGAUUCAGCAACAAUUUACCGACCUGAAGCGUGCGCUGGCGACUGUAUCCGACGACGAGUGGGCGAGCCUGCCCGAAGUCGGCGAUCUGACGGGCAAGAACAGACGUAGCAAACAGGCCUUGCGGCAGCGCUUCUACGCCGUGCCCGACAGUGUUCUGGCCGCGGCGCGCGACUCCACCGAGAUGGGCACCAUGGUUACGGAUGAUGGUGGCGCAUCUUCAGGCGCUGGGGGUAGGGAGACCUCUGACGGCACAAUGACCAACUUUGCGGACAUUGGUGCUGCGCGUGACAAGGUGCUCAAGUCGAGGCUGGAACAGGCUUCGCGAUCUGGCAACGGCGAUGCUGCCAACGGCAGCUCUACGAGUAUCGAUCCUCAAGGCUACAUUACGAGUCUCAACAAGAUGGCCAUGCCCGAGUCCGCUAGCCAGGUCGGCGACAUCAACCGUGUGCGCGAGCUGCUGCAGUCGGUAGUCAAGACUAACCCCAACAAUGCGCUGGGCUGGAUAGCGGCCGCCCGCCUGGAGGAGCUGGCCGGCAAGAUUGGCGCUGCGCGAAAGACAAUCGACCAGGGCUGCGAGCGGUGCCCCAAGAGCGAGGACGCGUGGCUGGAGAAUAUUCGCCUCAACCACGAUAGUAAUAAUGCCAAGAUUAUCGCGCGACGCGCCAUCGAGGCCAACAAUCGUUCGGUUCGCCUGUGGGUGGAAGCGAUGCGGCUCGAGCAUAUUCCCAAUAACAAAAAGCGUGUCAUUCGACAGGCGCUCGACCACAUCCCCGAAUCGGAGGCGCUGUGGAAAGAGGCCGUUAACCUGGAGGAGAACCCCGACGAUGCCAAACUCAUGCUCGCCAAGGCGACGGAGCUGAUCCCGCUGUCGGUGGACUUGUGGCUAGCGCUGGCGCGCCUCGAAACGCCCGAAAAUGCGCAAAAGGUGCUCAACAAAGCGCGCAAAGCGUGCCCGACAUCGCACGAGAUUUGGAUUGCAGCUGCUCGCCUGCAGGAGCAGCUCGGGCAGGCAACCAAGGUCAAUGUAAUCAAGAGAGGUGUGCAGGUGCUAGUGAAGGAGCAAGCGAUGCCAAAGCGUGAGGAGUGGAUCGCAGAGGCUGAGACAUGCGAAGAGGACGGCGCGACGGUGACCUGCGAGAAUAUCAUACGCGAGACGCUUGGCUGGGGCCUGGACGAGGACGACGACCGCAAGGACACGUGGAUGGAGGAUGCGCGCGGCAGCAUCAACCGUGGCAAGUACGAGACGGCGCGCGCCAUCUACGCAUACGCGCUGCGCGUGUUUGUCAACAGCAAGACGCUGUGGAACGCCGCGGCGGACCUGGAGCGCAACCACGGCACGCGCGACUCGCUGUGGCAGGUGCUGGAGAAGGCGGUCGAGGCGUGUCCCAAGAGCGAGGACCUGUGGAUGAUGCUAGCCAAGGAAAAAUGGCAGAGCGGCGAGGUGGACGGCGCGCGCCUGGUGCUAAAGCGUGCCUUCAACCAGAACCCCAACAAUGAGGAUAUUUGGCUCUCAGCCGUCAAGCUCGAGUCGGAGAGCGGCAACACCGAGCAGGCGCGCAAGCUGCUCGCCGUGGCGCGGGAGCAGGCUCCCACGGACCGCGUGUGGACCAAGAGUGUCGUCUUUGAGCGCGUGCAGGGCGACGCUGACACGGCGCUUGAUCUCACCCUGCAGGCACUGCAGCUGUUCCCCGCGGCGGCCAAGUUGUGGAUGCUCAAGGGCCAAAUAUACCAGGACAUGGGCAAGGUCGGCCUCGCGCGGGAAGCCUACGCCACAGGCGUCAAGGCGGUGCCGCGCUCCGUGCCGCUGUGGCUGCUGUACGCGCGCCUGGAGGAGGACGCAGGCCUCAUCGUCAAGGCGCGUUCCGUGCUGGACCGCGCGCGCCUGGCGGUGCCCAAGUCGCCGGAGCUGUGGUGCGAGUCGGUGCGGCUAGAGCGCCGCGGCGGCCACCUCGCGCAGGCCAAGUCGCUCAUGGCGCGCGCGCUGCAGGAAGUGCCCCGGAGCGGGCUGCUCUACGUCGAGCAGAUUUGGCACCUCGAGGCGCGCACGCAGCGCAAGCCGCGCAGUCUCGAGGCAAUUAAAAAGGUUGACAACGACCCGGCGCUGUUCGUCGGUGUCGCGCGUCUAUUUUGGGCCGAGCGCAAGCUAGACAAGGCGCAGAGCUGGUUCGAGCGCGCCCUGGCGCUCGACGCCGCGCGGGGCGAUACCUGGGCGUGGUACUACCGCUUCCUGUGCCAACACGGGACCGAGGAGAAGCGCGCCGAGGUGGUUGCCAAGUGCGUGGCUAAUGAGCCUCGAUAUGGCGAAACGUGGCCGGCUGUAGCCAAGAAACCGGCCAAUGCGCAUAAAAGUGUCGAGGAGAUCUUGAAGCUGGUGGCCGAGGAGCUGGAUCAAUAG